GAUCUAACCGAGGGAUUGUUGCUUUGUUUGAAUUGUUUGGAUGGGCUUGGUCUAUGGUCUAUGGGUAGGGAAGGAGAGAACAUACAUACUUGUUGCCACGUGUUGCCUAUGGGCUUGGUCCAUGCUGCUGCUUGCUCCUCUGAUGGAUCUGAUCGAGGGCCCUUUUGUUGACGUAGGGGUCGUUGCUGUUCAGGCGUGGGCGUCGACGCCUUUAUGGUCCCACAUAUCAGUUGGUGCGUGCCUUUGGCUGGUGGGUGGGUUUACCAUGUGUGUUCUGCAUGGCCAAUAGGAAAUCGACAGCGGCUCACAAGUUUCCCCGUGAUGUCCUCCUUUUUACCUUCCAUCCCGUUUUCCCCUCUCCUCGGUUCUUCCCUUUCCUUCAGUCUGCCCAGUGGCUGGUUGCGACCUUCCGCUCUGAUGGCGAUGGCAAGCAAAUCCCUUUCAGGAUCCAGGGGCAUCUCCAUCUAGGGAUAGUAGAGUUUGACGCCAGCUCCGGAUCGGCUGUUGCGGAGGAGGAGAACGGCCACCGCACGUUGGUCUGCUGCUCUCUCUCUUCGUGCUUGGUCCCUGGUUCUUGACGGAUGCGUAGCUUCUUUCGGUGUUGGGUCUCCGGUACCACCAAGAGUGGCUCCCUGUAUGUGUCCCCAUUUUCUUUGCAAUGUCUGGUAAAGCAAAAUCGUGUGUCCAACGGGCGCGUGAGAGUCGAUUAAGGCGUCAUGCUUCAUUAGGCCAGGGAUUUCUGCAAGCUCCGGUAUUUGGUUCAGUAGGUUCUGUUCCUUUGCGCCUCAGCUCAGAUGCUGUGCACACUGGACCAAGUAGCAUACAUGCAGAUGUCGCGCAAGGAAGCGUUCCAUCAGGUCCUUCCCAGCAAGCCACAUCCCAUCGUUCUAAUGCCAAUAGGCAACUGCCCAUUGAAAUCAACACAAUCAGUGGAAACCCAAUAGGCAAUGUGAAAAGGAAGAGGACAUUACUAGACAUACCGCGAAGUGCUGCUACGAGCAAUAGGGAGAGACGACAUAUGAAGAGAUCUGCCCACCGAACAGACUACUCUCUGAUGAAUGUUCUUGAUGGCCCAAAACCUACUCUUGAGGACAUCUUACCUUUGCCUAAGGAUUAUAUUGCAUCCUUAAAAGCGCUAUACCCUGAACGAUCCUACUAUGGCGGGCCAUCCCAUGAAUGCCCAUACUGUGGAGCUGUAUUUUCGUUCCAAGAGAGGGUCAAAAAAGGGACCGUGCUGUCACAGCGAAAGAUCAUUUACAACCUGUGUUGUAGAAGUGGUAAGAUUAGCCUUCCAGAGCUGAAAAAACCACCUGAUUUCCUAGCCAGACUAUUAAAAUUUGAUGGUGAUGCACGAUCGAAGCGAUUUAUAAGGCAGAUCCGAUCAUACAACUCUAUGUUUGCUUUUACUUCGCUAGGAGCUAAUGUUGAUAAGACGAUAAAUAAUAGGUCUGCACCUUGUGUGUUUAAAAUCAAUGGGGUUGUACACCACCGUAUUGGCAGCCUCUUGCCACGACAUGGUGCUGCACCUAAAUUUGCUCAGUUGUAUAUAUAUGACCCUGAAAAUGAGACAUCAAAUAGAAUGAAUAUAUUUGAGAGAGAUUCUAAUGCCGUGGAUGAUCCAGACCCAGAAAUUGUUAUCGAGCUGACUUCUAUGCUUGACAGCCAUAAUGAUCUGGUCAAAGCAUUUCGCUUUGCUAGAGAUCGGUUAAAAGACCAUGGUGAUGAGAAAAUUUCCCUUAGAUUGCUGGGGUGUGAUGCAAGGGAUGAAAUUCAGUACAAUCUUCCAACGAGUGGUGAGAUCGCAGGAAUAGUUGUAGGUGACUAUUCAAACGGUGAGUAUACGUACGAUGUAAUGGUCUAAUCUUCUGAUGCCAGGUUACGACGUGUCUCAGCUCUACAUCCAUCCUAUAUGGCUCUUCAGUAUCCGCUGCUUUUCCCAUAUGGGGAGGCCGGAUUCCAUUUAGGUAUCAAGUACACUGACUUCCCUAGCAUUUCUGGUAAUUCACGACGCUAUGUUACAAUGCUCGAAUACUACCGUUACCGUCUCCAUUAUCGAUUGAAUAAACCAAAUCCCUUUACCUGUUGUGGACGUCUUAGUGAUUCCAUAUGUGUUGACUCAUACUCGACUGUUGAAGGGUCAAGGUUGAAGUAUAUUGCUGACAACCAGCCUGAACUUCGCUCAGAGUCUGUCCAAGCGAUAUCUGAUGCCAUUGAUCAUGGUCUUGAAACUGGGAUUCUGUAGGGAAGAAGUAUGUCUUGCCUACCAGUUUUACUGGAGGCAGGCGAUACAUGGUACAAAAUUACCAAGAUGCGAUGGCAAUAUGUCGUGUGUUUGGAGUGCCUGAUUUGUUUGUGACUUUCACUUGCAAUUCAAAGUGGCAAGAAAUAUACGAUGCUUUGCUGUUUGAACUAGGCCAAGUACCAAGUGACCGCUCUGAUAUGAUUGUGAGGGUUUUUAACAUGAAAGUAAAUGAGUUUAUCUCAGACAUUAGGGAAGGAAAAACAUUUGGCCCAGUCCUUGCUGGUGGGAUACUUUCUUCCUGUGUUUAGUUUGUUGUACAUUCAGUUAGUUAGUUCUAACAUUUUAUACUUGCCAUGUAGUGCUCUACACAGUAGAAUUUCAGAAGCGUGGACUCCCUCAUAUACAUUGCCUUAUCUGGCUUGCUGCAGGCAGCACUGAAUUUAGCGCUCCUAUUGUUGAUGGCUUUAUAUCCGCUGAAAUACCUGAUGUUUUUACUGAUCCAUUGGGUUAUGCUUUGGUCGAUGAGUUUAUGAUCCAUGGCCCUUGUGGCAACCAGAACAAAUCAUGCCCGUGCAUGAAGAAAGGGGAGUGUUCUAAACAUUUCCCUAAGUCUUUUCAGGAUGAGACAAUAAUGGAUGAUUUUGGUUUUACUAUCUACAAACGCAGAAACAAUGGUCGAUAUGUUCUUAAAAAUGGAGUGAAACUUGAUAAUCGAUGGGUUGUGCCUUAUAAUAUGGAACUCCUUAAAAAAUACCAAGCCCAUAUUAAUGUCAAAUGGUGCAACAAGUCUAACAUGAUUAAAUACCUUUUCAAGUAUGUCACAAAAGGAGCUGAUAGAUCUAAAGCAUACUUUGAGGUCAAUAAUAAGCCAACUGGUCAAUUAUCUGAUAGUAAUGGUGCAGCCAAAGAUGAUACGUUAAACAAAACAACUAAUUCUAAUCACACACCUCGAAAUGAAAUACAGGAGUACAUUGAUGCACGGUUUCUAUCUACCUGCGAGUCUCUUUGGCGUGCUUUUGAAUUCGAUAUCCACUAUAGAGUUCCUUCAGUAGAGCGACUAACUGUGCAUCUUCCAAAUCAAAACUUUGUUCGAUACAAAAAGGGUGCUGAACUCAAUUCACUCCUAACAAGCCCUGCGGCCCAAAAAACAAUGUUAACGGAAUAGUUUGAAGCUAAUAAAAAACAUAGCAACGCACGAACACUGACAUACUGUGAUUUCCCAAAGGAAUGGACAUGGGACACCAGCUCACGUAGUUGGCGUCCUAGAACACCAUGUGAAAAGAUAGGUAGAAUGUACUAUGUGAGCCCAAUCAGUGGAGAGCUUUACUAUUUACGAAUGCUGUUGAUGAUUGUGAAAGGUGCUCAGUCAUAUGUUGAUGUUAGGACAUACGAAGGCAUUGUUUAUGCGACAUUUAGAGAAGCGUGUGAAUUAAGAGGUUUACUCGAGAGUGAUAACGAGUGGUAUUUGCUCUUUGAUGAGGCCAUAAUAUCCGCAUCAUCCACCUAGCUAAGACAACUAUUUGUUACUGUUGUAAUGUUUUGCUCUGUUGGAAACGUUCGAUCCCUCUUUGACAAAUAUUGGGUGUAUUUCACUAAUGAUAUCCAGCGACGUCUUAGAACAGCUUUGUCAAACCCUUCUUAUUUGGUUCCUCAUGAUAGGCUACUGUCGCUAUUGAUGAAAGAAAUGCAAACCACUUUUUCAAAUAGCGGCGGUAACAUAGAUGACUAUGAUUUACCGCGCCCAGCGAUUUACUCAGAUGACAUAGUACGGAAUAGAAUGAUUGAGGAAGAGCUUGCUCUUGACAGCGCCAUACUGGCCACUGAAGCUAAUUCAAUAAUUCCAAAAUUGAACGCUGAUCAGAGAACUAUUUUCGAUACAGUUAUGAAGCAUGUGAAUAGCUCAAAACCUGGUUUUUUCUUUGUCUAUGGGCAUGGUGGCACAGGGAAAACAUUUUUGUGGAAUGCAUUGAUUUCAAAAAUAAGGUCUGAAAAAAAGAUUGUUCUUGCUAUUGCCUCCUCGGGGGUUGCUUCCCUUCUCCUUCCUCGGGGACGCACUGCUCAUUCGAGGUUUAAAAUACCAAUUGACAUUGAUGAGAACAGUAUUUGCACUAUUAAAAGAGGUACCAUGCUUGCUGAGCUCAUUCAAAAGACAUCACUUAUUAUAUGGGACGAGGCUCCAAUGACUCAUAGAAAAUGUUUUGAGGCUUUAGAUCGAAGUUUGCGUGAUCUGCUUUCCGAGCACACACCUUCUAACAGCAGACUACCAUUCGGUGGUAAGGUGGUUGUACUUGGAGGUGAUUUUCGCCAAAUACUACCAGUGAUAAGAAAAGGCUCGCGUGCUUCCAUAGUUGAUGCGUCCAUAACAAAUUUGCCUCUCUGGCACCAUGUUACUCUUCUGAAGCUGAACAUUAAUAUGAGACUCCUUCAAAGUGACCUUUGUGAACAGAACCGACAAGACCUUGAAACUUUUGCUAAUUGGAUCCUAUGUCUUGGUGAUGGUAAGGUACCUGCAACAAAAAAAAUUGAUGAAACUGAAGCAACAUGGGUCGAUAUUCCUGAAGAUUUACUAAUAAAAACAUCCGGCGACAAAAUAAAGGCAAUAAUAGAUGAGGUUUUCCUAGAUUUCCCCAACAAGUACACAGACCAUUCCUAUCUAGCAUGCCGUGCUAUUGUUUGCCCCAACAACUGAACGGUUGAUGAAAUAAAUGAUUCUGUCAUUCGUAUGAUACCCACUAAGCCAAAAGAAUAUCUUAGUUGUGAUACAAUUUCAAGAUCAUGUGACCAUAUGCCUGACUUUGAUAUACUAUACCCAACUGAAUUCUUAAACUCUAUUAAUGUCAACAAUUUCCCGUCACAUAAACUUAUUUUGAAAAAAGGUGUCACCGUUAUGUUGUUGCGAAAUUUGAAUCAAUCUAUGGGUCUUUGCAAUGGCACACGGCUAUUGAUUGUUUCUCUUGGCCAUCGAUUGUUACAAUGUGUGAUAUUAACUGGAUCUAAUAUUGGUGAGACAGCUUUCAUACCUCGGAUUGCGCUUACAACCACGAGUUCUAAGUGGCCUUUUACACUUCAGAGAAGACAAUUUCCUGUCCGUAUAUGCUAUGCAAUGACAAUUAACAAAAGCCAGGGACAAACUCUUUCGCGUGUUGGGGUUUAUUUGAAAAAACCUGUCUCCACACAUGGGCAACUAUAUGUUGCUGCUUCUAGAUCAACUUCAAGAGCAGGCCUUAGAAUCCUUAUAGAGGAUGAGGAUGAGGUCUGUAGUUCAAAGACUAGGAAUAUGGUUUAUCAAGAAGUGUUGGAUGCAGCUAGAUUGAUGGACCUUGGCACCUAAGUACCAACUAUAGCACUAUUUUUUGCCGUGCUGUUGUAUACUAUCCUUUUUCCCGUUUGCUGUACUAUGCAGCUUUUGUAUGGUAACCACGCUAAUCAGUAAGCUUGAGCCUGGUCUUGGCAACCCAACUAUUCGUCUUCGUGUAUCAAGGUUCUGGGAAUUCCGCGACCAAAAUGAUGAAAAUAUUCUGUAUCAUCUUGGCCUGGUUCUGGUUGAUGGCACGGGGGCCAGCAUUGCAGCUCAGAUUAUGCCUCCAUUGGAUGAGCUCUUUGCCCCUGCAAUCACUGAAGGCAAAGUGUAUGACCUCACGUUCUAUCGUGUAAGGCAGUGUACCAGCCAGUAUAGGCCAGUUGGCAAUAUGCAGUCGAUUGCCCUCACAAAGUGGUCUACACUGGAAGAGUGUACUGAUGUGCCAGAGAAUUUCCCUAACUAUGUUUACUCUCUAACGCCAUAUGACCAGCUAAGGGGACGAGUGAACAGGAAGGACUCUUUCACAGAUGCCAUUGGAAUCAUUACUGAGAUAACAUCAGUGACACCUAUCCAAACGCGCACCAAGGAUGGUGAAAGUCUGAAGAGGAGCAUCUACAUUCGCGAUGCCGAGUUAGCCCUUCUUCUCUGUUUUUUAAUAUGCAAAAAGAUAUUUACUUCAGUUCUCUAACAUUUCUAUUAACAGUGUAUCAGCAACACCAACUAACUACCACCAAAUAUUACUCCCCCUUUCAAUAUACAUGCUUUCCACAUUUAUUUUUUUGCUAACAUCACCCAACAACCGCUCACGAUGCCAUAAACUCUUUAUGUAAUGAUACUAUGUCUGCUGCAUAGCAAUGUGACAAUAAAUGUUGCGCUAUGGGGAGAUCGAGCCACAACAUUCCCUGCAGAUGAGGUGAUUGAAGCUGGCAAAAAAAAAUCCACAGAUAGUGAUCUUUGUUGGCACGCUUGUGAGGGGCUUUGGUAGGAAUGUUUCUUUGUCAGGUAACUCUGCCUGCAAAUGGUACAUAAACCUUGACAAACCAUAGGUGACUGCCUUGAAAAACAGCAUCCAAGGAAACUAUGAGCCAAUAAAAUAUACUGAUCUACCCGCCCCAUCUCAGGCUGCAAACAAUGCAGAACAGAAGACGGUCAUUGAGAUUAAAGACCUACACCCUUUUAAGUUCAAGAAGCAUCAGUUCUUAGUUACUGUCGUCAUAAAAAAGGUUAACGUGGAUAGCUCCUGGUGGUACACUGCUUGUGACACAUGCAACAAAACAGCAAAACGUUUUGGAAAUGGAUACAGGUGUGCAGAUCCAACAUGCCCACCAGUUGUUUUGGCUUCGCCUAGAUUCAAGCUCAAUGUGAUAGCAGGCGAUGACACAGCUGAUUCUUCAUUCAUUAUCUUUGGGCGUUUGGCACAACGCCUCAUUGGUCGUUCAGUUGAGACACUGUUGCAGCAGAAUCCAAGUAACACUGGUUGCAUACCAAAGGAGAUCACUGACCUACUUGAGAAAGAAUUUACCUAGAAUGUCAGCAUCACUGAGAACACUGCUUCUACUGGUACUGUUGCAUUCCAGAUGAAUAGGAUUCUUGGAGGUGCUAACAAUCACACCCUUGCCCUGUUACAAUCCCCAUCUGCAUCUCAAGCAUCUUCUCUCCCAGCUUCCAUGGCUCUAUCACCAACUCCAUCAGUUGGGCUUAGUGAUGCACAGACUGGACCAGCUAGCCCAUCCACUGCUAUAUCAAAACACAAAGACCUGGAAAUAGAGUCUGCUUCAAAGACCACUACAGAGGUUCAGGAUGAAGAGGAAAUAGAAGAUGAGGAUGUCGAUCACCUCAGCCUCACACAGAAAGCUCCUUCUUCUAGCACUAAACAAAGCACUUCUAAGAGCUACAAAAAAAGGCCUAGGCCAUCUCCUGGCACAGGUGCUGCGAAGAAGCUAUUCAAAGACAAUCCUGGCAACGAUGCUGGUGGCAGUGCCAUCAACCAAGCCUGAUAUGUUAUGGACCAAACAAGCUUACUUUUGGAUGCCACAGUUGCUGCCUACACCAGACAGCUCUUCAGUGAGAGGAGAAGAAAAUCAGCCGUUCUGUAGUGCCUUUGCAAACUGUCCUAUUAUUAUACUGGUGUCCUGUGUUUGACACCGUUUCCACUAGACUUAUUCUUUUGCAAAAAGACUUAAUGUGAACUGGCACUGAUCAUGUAACUAGGAUUCUGCAUUAUCAUAGUUAUACUAUGAUAAUCCUGAAUACUGGUUGUUAUUUCACGGCGAUUAAUUUACCUCCGAA